CUCAUGUUUGAUUGGAAAUCGCAGUGCCUUAAGCCAGAGCUGUGGGGUAUCUGUCAAAGGAGGGAGAGAGACCUGUGAAUGCUCUCAUUAACCUCUCUGGAAAGCCAAGAUUAUAAGUGACAACACAAACUUUUUUUUCUCCUCGAGUGUUCCUUUAUCUGGUGGGAAAUGGGUUCACGGAGGACACUGACACGCUCCUCUUCUAGUAAUGGAAGAUCCAGCAACGGGGAUGAUAUGAGUGGGAGCAGUGGGAGCAGUGGGAGCAGUGGGAGCAGCCGGACCACUGGCUGCAGCUACCUCUCUAACGUGAGGCCAGAAAACAGGAGCACACUCUGCAGCGUGAUCGCACAGUUAACAGAGGAAACACAGCCCUCCUUCGAAACAACCCUCAAGUCAAAGGCUGUCUCUGAGAACAGCAAUGUGAAGUUCUCGUGUGUGGUUACAGGAUACCCUACUCCUCUACUUAUUUGGUAUAAGGAUGAUAUGCAGUUAGACAGAUACUGUGGACUGCCUAAAUAUGAAGUAUUCCGCAAUGGACAAAACCAUUCCCUGCACAUUUACAAUUGCACAGUGGAGGAUGCAGCUAUAUACCAGGCCUCAGCCAGCAACAGUAAAGGUAUCGUGGCCUGCUCCGGGGUUCUGGAGGUGGGCGAAAUGAACGAGUACAAGAUCCAUCAGCGCUACUUUGGCAAGCUCAAACAAAAGGCCGAGAACAAACGCAGGGAAGCGGAGGGUAAAGAAAACCAGGAGCCGCUACGAACCAUCAGUCCGGACCGCACGCUGAGGAAGCGCCGCUCCACAAUGGAGGACUUCCUCAGCACGCCGAGCUCCAUGGAGGACGAGGGCAAUGAGGAGAGCCACCAGGCUGUACCUUUAGAGACUGAGGCCAGGUUACAGGAGGCAGCUGUGGAAGAGGUGGAGGAAAAGUUGGUCCCCAUCACUAAUGGAGCAGUGUCUAAUGGACAGAUCAUCAGUGAGAAUGGUAACAAGAGCGGGACAUAUAUAUACGACUCUGCUCAGAAGCCUUUUACUGCACACCAACCCAAAACUCCCUUUGUCAAAAAGAAGAUUAAAAUUUCCAACAGCGCACCAGGAGAGCGGGCGUCUGAGGAGAGAAGGGCAAAAGAUGAAGUCUUGAGCUCUGUAGCUCCGGCCUGCACGGAGUCAGUACAGGCUGAGGGGAAAUCAGAAGAGUUUAUGGAAGUAGAGAACAGUGUUAGUUCGUCAGUUGUGGAUUCAGACUUCAGAAACGUGACGGAACGACAUCAGAAAUCAGAAACAAAGGAAGUAUUGCUUGCUGAGAGGCCCUCAAAGGAUGAAAACAUGUGUGUUGAUCAGAAAGAGCAUCUCACUUCCUCAGUACCCGCUGCUGCUCCUACACCUACAAGUCGUACUGUGUCAGGAACUGAAGGUAAAAAAGCUGCACAGCGUGAGAAGGAAGCUGGACGCAAAACUACAGAACAAAAUUUAGAGAUGAAGAAACAAAGUCCUCACAUGACCCCGACACAGCGACACUCAAGUGCUACAGCAGCACCCACACAACCCCGAAGCACAGCGAAGGGGAACAUUUCUAAAACAGAACAUGUCAUGGAUGUUGACCAGAAGUCAAACACUUCCAUUGGCGGAUCUUUAGCACACAGAGACAUUGAGCCGGUGAAGGCACCGUGUGAAAGCAGAACUGCUUCACCUCAGCAUCCAUGUGAGCAGGCUGGAGAUCAGCUGUCGGCGAAGGAAACAAGCCCCUGCCAAAAAACAGUGUCUGUGUCUCGGCCAGCGCCGCUGAAUGAGGUUACACAGGCCCGUACAAAGAUGAACAGGAAUGAUGCACCUGUCAGCCUUGAGCUUCUACCCAACAAGAUGGACGCGCCAACGCCGCCACGAAAGACCACAUCACAGCGAGAGACCAUGACAGAUGACAUCCAGACCCCGUCUUUGCAAUGCGGCCGUCAAGCAGCGAUUGACCAAAUGACACAGGACACAUGGGAUGAAAUCCAUACGGUCCUUUCUACAGACAUACAGAAGUCACCCCUCCAAAGCCCCGGUGGUGGUGAGAAAACCCGAGGGUGUAGCGUUUCUUCCAGCGCCCAGCAAAGCCGAAUUGAUACAGCUAUAAAAACUGUUGAAGGGCCAGAAAUACAAGUUAAGGAGAAGGUAGACGGUAACGAGGUAGGUAAGUUAUUGGUGCAGUCUGACAGCGAGGCUCCACAUGAGAAGAUGGUUGAGAUGGAGACUGAAAGUGCUGACCUGCAUGUGAUUGAACACACUGAAACAGAAAAGACCAACGGUGCAGCAGAUACUGAUGUUAUCAUUGUGGACGCAUCUAAAAAAGAAACUAAGAAGAAUGAGCAUAUUUUAAAAAUGGCGGAGGAAGCUAGUUCAGCAUUACAGAAUCUAAAGUCAUCUCUAUUGGAGCCUGCUAUCCCGCUCCUAACAAAAACGUCAGGAAACCUGUCCGAACUCCAGAUUAAAGACAUCCAGGAAAUCCCAAAAGCUGUAACAAAAGUCAUAUCUGUAGCCGAACUUCUGAGAUCACAAAUAAAGGCUCUUGAAUCCACGUUAGCAAAUUCAGUGACCGCCCUACCAGUCCAUGCUGGCUUUGUACAAGAUCCAACCACAACUGUUAUAGAAACAUGUGAGGAGUUUAAAGAAGAUGACAGCAAACUGGAAGUGAAGAAGUCAAUGCCUGACAGGAAAACUGAGAUGACUAUUGACAAUAUUCCUCCCAGAACCAUAAAGGAAACCCUCAUGGAAGUUUAUAAUCUACUAAAUAAAACUGAUCAGGAACUAAUUCCGUCUCAAGGUGUAACUUCAUCGCCUGUUCAGGCUUUAGGAACACCUCUCGUAAUCCCACCUAUCUCCGUUGUAGACACUGGCACCGCUAGAGAGACUGCAGGACUUCAUGGCACUGACAAAAAUGAAGGUGUUAUUAUGGACAUUUGCCACGAAACUGGAGUGUCAACUCUGGUUCCUAUGAAAGAUGACUCUGUUGUUUCCUUUUCUGGGAGUGAAAAUGUCAAACAUACUGUUCCUCCUUUGACUUCUAAGGACAAACUGAACAACGGAUUUACAUCUGGAACUGUGACCCGAGAACCUGUGACUCCACCUGCAGUGACACCUUUAAAGGCCUGCACUCAAGAGUCAAAUAUUACAGAUUUGGAGCAUGCCAAAGGUGAACCUGUUCAAGGCAAAGACAUGGGAAUUAUGCAAAAGUUAACCCCAGAAACUAAACUCAACAGCGAAACUGAAAGGGAGAUUACUGAAAUGAAUUCCACAACACUAGAUCAAUACAAAAUGGAAGAACACGACACAAAAAGUGUACAAAAUUCUCCCACUAAAAGUGGCACAGACACACAAGAGCAUAAUCUUCACGUUAUUCAGCAGGACAGCGCUAUGGUUGAGGAGUUUUCAAGGACUGACUCCUUAGGCAAUCCAACUCCUGAGGCUAGUCCAAGGUUAAAGAAAAGAGACUGUGUUUCUCCCAUUCCUUCUGCUACUCCACAAGAGCUGGCCUCUGGGGCCAGACGCAAAAUCCUCGUACCCAAGGCCAAACCCGAGGAGGCCUCAGAGGCCACCUCAUCGCUUGAUAACCAAACUCAGAAAAAGGAAGUUCCUACAGAGAGCAGCAAGCUUUCCGUAAGUCCCUCGACCCCCCUUGCUACGUCUCCUGGCCUGUCACGACGGGCGCCUCUACUUAAGCCCCCUGGUGAGCAAACGCCUCCUGCAGAACGACGUUCUCCACUCUUGAGCAGGAAGAAGACGCCAUCUGAGACCCAAGCACCAAGUCAGCCACCCACUGAGGAGAUCAACACCCUCAAAACUGAGGGGAAACCUACAGAGAAGGACAAGCAUGACCCAUUCAAAGCUCCUCAAGUUAUUCGUAAGAUCAGGGGCGAAAGCUUCGCAGACGCCUCAGGACACUUGAAACUGUGGUGCCAGUUCUUCAACGUUCUCAGUGAUUCUACAAUCAGAUGGUACAGAAAUGAAAAGGGGAUUGCUCAGAUUAAAAGAAAUGCAGGGGAUGAAACUCAGGUCAAUCUUGCCAUUGCUCAGGCGUCAUGCAAAGACGCUGGUGUUUACGGAUGCACAAUCACAAAUGAAUAUGGGACCGACUCAACAGACUAUCUUCUUAGUGUAGAAGUCUUGGCUGGACUGUUCCUACGUGAAGACCUUGGUGUUGGAGAAGAAAUUGAAAUGACACCCAUGUUAUUCAACAAGGGCGUGGCUGAUUCUGGCGUCUGGGGCAACAAAUUCUUUGGCCGUAUAAUGAUGCAGGAAUCUCGCAUUGGGGACGGCUGUUCCCAUAAAGUUUGGAGGGCAAAAGUCAUCUAUGGUCUGGAGCCCGUGUUCGAGUCUGGAAACACGUGUAUCAUCAAAGUGCGCAACCCCAUCGCCUAUGGAGGCAAAGCAGAUAGCUGCCUCAUAGACAGGAACCUGGAGAUUGUCAAGCAGGAGAGUAAAAUUCAGAACUUGGCUCGUGAAUACUGCAAAAUCUUCUCCGCAGAGGCAAGAGUGAUUGAAAACUUUGGCCCCUCUCUUGAGGUGGUUCCAGUCUACCUGAUAUACCGACCAGCAAACACUGUCCCGUAUGCCACAGUGGAGGCUGAUCUGACCGGAGUCUAUCAGAAAUAUUCCGUCCUGGAUGAUACAGGCAGAAUAGACACAAGGUCUGGCUCUGAGGUGGAGAAGAAGUGCUGUGCGCUGCAGCACUGGAUCUUUCAGUGGACCAAUGGCAAUCUGCUAAUCACUCGGCUAGAAGGUGUUGACACCAAGAUCACCAAUGUUGGGAUUUCAGUCAAAUCGACGGGGCACCAAGGGCUGUCUGUCGAAGGGAAUCCCAAAGUUUUUGAGCAGUUUGUCUCCCAGCACCAGUGUAACUACUUCUGUGGUCUGCUCAGCCUGAGGUCACUAAAGGUCAUGGACUCGUUAUUGACGCCAACAAAGCCCAAGAGCUCCAGGAGCCCGUUGCUUCAACGCAAAAUGGCGGCUGGCUCCUCCAGCCCUCAGACCGGCCGGAAAGCCGCUGUCAGCCCCAGACUGCCCAGGAAAACCGAGCAAGAGGGCCCAAAGACCCCCGCUAAACAAAAUGCUGCUGAUGCUGCCAAAGCUGUUAAGGUGGAAUAGAGUAAUUAUCACUCAAUAAGACAUGAAAUAUCACACAUUUUCUCAAUGGAACAGUAUUCUGAUCAAAUGCCAUUGAUGAAGUCCUAAACCAGAGAUGGUUCACUGUUGGGUAUCAGCAAAACAGCCCAGGAGGAACUGGAAGAAAGUUAGUGGGCUGAUGACACCCUAAGCCUUCAGAGAACAUGAAAGAGAUAAUAAAUACGAUUCUAACAGCCACCAUUCCUUGCCAUUAUCACUUAUUGUGGCCCUCACGUGUUGUGGUGAUUAUCUUAUGUAUCCUACAUUCGACUAUCAAUCUUAUGGUUGAAACUCAAGUGUAGUAGUGAGAAGAAGCUUUCCUGGGUUUGUAUUCUAUCAAUCCAUGCACCAUUGUAGCUCACAGAUUGUGAAUCCCAGUCUCAGGUCAGUGUAUUUGUACUAAAUGACUGUGCAAGAUUAAACAUUUUGAACUGAAGUGGCACUGUAUGUAGUCUGUAAGCACAAACUUGUAUCUUUUGUAGUCACCCUUGUGAGAAUGUAGGGCAGCUAUUAUGUAAAUUGGAGUAAAACCACAACGGAUACACAGUACAGCACAUUUUUAAGGCUGGGAGGAAGUCAAAUGUAGCUUCACAUGACACUGUUGUACGGUGGCAAACGGUGCUGUGCUUUUAUAUUGUGACCUGCCAUGUUUACUUGCUGUUCUACAUUGCACUGCAUUUUGAGAAACUGCACCUUUGAAUGCGACUGGUUGUAAAAUAAAAAAGAUAUGAUUACGCCUCGGA